AUGUGUGAGGAAGAAGCAGAUGUUGUCAUGGAUCCUGUUAGUUGCGUUGCUGUUAGUUGCAUUGUUGUUGUUCGCUACUCUUCAGAUUUUAUUACCCUGCGUGUUAAUACUGAUAUCAAACUUGAAGAGUUUAAGGAACAAAAGAUUAGAGACUUGAACUGUGAUUGGGUGGAUGAUUACAUCGAGACAAUCCCACCUGAAGCAUAUGCGAAUGCAUAUUUCAAAGGUUGUCGGUAUGGACGAACAUCUAGUACUCUAGCAGAAUCAGUCAAUAGCUGGGUUCUGGUUCACAAGAAGAUGCCUGCAUCUGCUCUUCUUGAUCAGAUUAGGAGGAAAAUAAUGUGUUUGAUGGCGGAGCGUCGUGAAAUUGGUGCUAAUAUGAUGACUCCAUUAACCCCUGAGUAUGAAGAAAAGCUUGUGGCUCUUCAAGAUGAAGGUUUGGCUUGGGAAUUAUUGGUUGCUAGUCCUACCGUGUUUGAAGUUAUUAGUGAAAGGUCUCACAUGGUGGACCUCGAACACGAGACUUGUACCUGUCAAAGGAACACGAGACUUCUCUAUCCGAUUCCCAACUACAACAUGCAUGUUGAAUAUCAUCCAGAAGACACCGUCAACCCGCCUACCGUGAAGAAGCAACCAGGUAGACCACCAGGGAAAAGGAUUAUAAGUAAAGGUGAGAAGAAGGUGAAGAGGAAAGUUCGUUGCAGCAAUUGCAAGGAAACAGGUCACAACAAGGCAGGUUGCAGGAAUCCUCGGAAGUUCACACCCCACUAG